GAAUGCUUACCUUAUAUAUAAUCAAACAUAGAGGAAAAAAAUAGAUUAUUAUAUUGAUUAUAAUAAAUAAAAAUUAUUAAAAGUAAACAGUGACUUUAUUUGUAAUAACAAGUCUUUAACAAUAGUAAGAUGUUAAUAAAAGUCAUUGUCUAAAGCCAGCGUCGAUGAAUUAAUUUUUUUUAAUAGCCUGAGUCUUUUUUACGCUGAAUAAUUAAAUCGUUUUCAUGUAUUGCUUAAAGAUUUACUAUAUGUUUCGAUAGAUAAUAUUCUCUUUUUCUAAGAUAGAAGGUACAAAAGACAAUUUCAAAUACUUGCUAAUUAUAUGAUAAAAAUUAUAAUUAGUGCUUUUCACAUUUAAAAAAUUAGAAACUUAUUAAGCAUAUCAUGUAUAUGUUAAAAUACAAGUACUUAAAUAUUUCGUUGUACUGUAAAUGAUUGAUGAAAAAUUCAUGAAUAUGUAAAUCUAUGUUUUAGUAUAUAAUAAUAAUGGGAUACAUCAUCUGUUUAACGCGAUAACUUAGAUAUUGUAGGUCAGAUAUAUCCUACUCUUGUUGUAACACAUAUCGUUACUUACAUUGUCUUGAAUCGUCAAAACAAUUGAAUAUAAUACUCAAUCUUCAUUUUCGAAAUAAAUAUUAAAUUUUUAUCAAGAAUGCUUACUGAAUUUUUUCCAUUUUGGACGAAAUACUGGUACCACGUGUUAAUUACUAUUGUAGCUUAUAUUUUUUUAAAAUUAUUUUAUAAAAUAUUGAAAAAGGAUGCUAUUUUUAUUGAAAAAAAUAAACAUAAUUUUGAUAUUUCAAAUAUAAAGCAACUAAAAGAAACUAAUCAAGAAACAGAAGAUAGUGAGGAAUCUGCAUUACCAAAAAAUUUAAAACAUAUUCCUUAUGAAUAUAAAAGACCUUCUGAAAUGGAGUUAUUCUGUCAAGCUUCUGAGUUUUAUAAAAUAGUAACUGCUAGAAGAACUAUAAGAUUUUUCAGUUCUGACCCUGUACCAAAAGAAGUCAUAUAUGAGAUAAUAAAAGCUGCAGGCACUGCGCCUAGUGGUGCACAUACAGAACCAUGGACAUUCGUAGCGGUGUCAAAUCAGAAGAUAAAAGAACAAAUACGUUAUAUUGUUGAAAGCGAAGAAGAAAUAAAUUAUAAAAAAAGAAUGGGAGUAAAAUGGACAACUGAUUUACUUCCAUUAAGAACAAAUUGGAUUAAAGAAUACCUGACUACCGCUCCUUAUUUGUUGCUUGUAUUUAAACAAAUUUAUGGAAUUUUACCAAAUGGAAAAAAGAAAAUUCAUUAUUAUAACGAAAUGAGCACAUGUAUUGCUUGUGGUAUUCUCAUCACCGCUAUACAGUAUGCAGGUUUGGUAACUCUGACUUCUACUCCUUUAAAUUGUGGACCUGCCAUCCGCAACCUUCUUGGACGUCCUUCUAAUGAAAAGCUUGUUGUACUACUGCCAGUUGGUUAUCCAGCAAAGGAUGCUACAGUGCCUGAUCUUCAGCGAAAAUCUCUAUCUGAUAUUUUAGUAGAAAUUGAUUGA